GCCAUAUUUUUGGAGAUGCGCAUAUUCGGCAGCAGCAUCAGUCGUACGAUCAGAACAUGCCUUCCUUCAGCAGACUCACCAAGAAGGCAUUUCCAGCAGUUAUAUGCAGUCAUGAGGCGGUAUCGAGUCAAGAUCAUAUCUGUUUGCCAAAAGAAGGAAUAUGGAUCUACUCGAAGUAUUGUCCGUAGACUUGGGACAGUUCUUUCCAUAGAGCCCUACCCAAGACCUUAUUUUCGACUUGUUCAAGACCCAGGUCUGUUGGGUUAUGAUGAACAAAGCAUAGCUCCACCUCCUGUAGCUCCAUCACUUGCUGAUGUCCUGUGGGUGGCAGAUGAUGAAGGACAGGCAUUUACUAGACUUAGGACUGAGUUGUGGAGGGGAAAAAAAGGCAGUACUGGUCAUCAUGACCAGUGUCCAUCUGUAGAUUCAAUACAAAAUGGUACACAAAAAGGUGAUCUGCUUGAUCAAGCAGCACUUCAGAAAAUUUCUGCACUCGAAAAGGAGCUAACCUUUCUUCGUGCUCAGAUUGCUGCGAUUGUUUCCACACAGACGUUGGGAAGUAUCCCAUCACAAGCCUUUAAAGCAUCCAGCACUCCAGAUGGAUUUUACCCAGUGCCAGCCAUGACUUCUACGCCACUGUCCGUCUCUCACAAUCACUUUGUAAUUCCCUCGCCUCCUCCGCUUCCUUCUGGUGUACCAUCUGGUGUUGAUGCUAGUAAUUCGGCAGUUGAACUUAUAAAACAACGUUGUGCUGCAAGAAACCGUGGUUCAACUGCAGCUGAGAGUGCUGAUCACCAGAGGAUAAAGAACGUUCCUAGUAUGAUGGAUGUUUUGAAAGACCUAAACAAAGUUCAGUUGAGGGCGACUGAGAGGUCACCUGGAGGUACUCCUCUUUCUAGACCCAAAAGGAGACGAAGUUCAGAUUGGGAUCCAGUUGAUCUGCUAACUCGUGCACUAAAGCAGAAAUUUGCACAUAAAGAUGAUGAUGAUGAUGAUUCCCUGGACAAAGAAAAUCGGUCUUUUGACAGCUCCCCACUUUCUAGUCCAGAGAUCCCACUGGUUGGACGUUGCAGUCUGAAGCCAAAUGCAAAAUCUAGCCUUGUAAGAACUGAUGAAGUUAAACAGGUACCAACGUGGCAAGUGGGAGCUCAUAUUUAAUUGAUGGAGACUUCUGAGGAAACUUCAUA